UCUCCGACGCAGCUAAAGUUAGCAUUAGCGGUUAGCUGCCCUCACGUCGUAAACUCAAGCCGCAAAGCACUGCAGCCCGGACCUACAGACGUAUUGUCCAAUCAGGUCUCUUGAAAUGAAAAGCGUGUAUUUGAUGCGACGAUGGUCCACAGCUGCUUGAAGAAGUGAACGUGAUCUCAAGAGGCAGGAUGGGUAGGAGUUACUUUGUAGAUGAAGCUGUGGAGGACUAUCUUGUUGGGAUUCAGACAGCUCCUGGGUCAUGUGUGACCGGGCUCCUGGCCGGUCAAUCCUCUCCUCAGAGAGAUUUUGUGGUGUUGGCUGUGCAGACUCCUCACAGGGAGAGCGAGGGGCAGCCGAAGGCUUCGAGAGGGGUCAGCCCACUGGAUGACAUUGAUGUGGAGUGGGUCACAGAACAUGCCAAGCAGGUGUCCUGUAUGUUACCAGGAGGUCUUUGUAUUCUUGGCCUGUUUUUAGUAACCCCACCUGAACUCUCCAAAGAUGCCCAAAAUACAUUAAAAAGACUUAUAUUUGCCAUGGAUAAAUACAUAACUAAGGGAAGAUUGUGGGAAUUGUCGGAGGAGGAUGUGACUGAUCAAGUCGUCCUGCAUAUCUGCUCCAAAACAAAGAAAACUGUCUGCAAAACAGUUGAUGUAAAAGAUCCAAAGAGAUCGGCCAAGCCAGCAGACUGGAAGUAUCAGAUAGGUGUCUCAUCAUCCUGGCCCAUGUUGACAUGCUCUGUUGAGGUGGAUGUGCAGAUCCCUGUGACAGGAUCUUCUUCUGAUAUCACAGACAAGUGCGUGAAGGAUGGUCUUCGGAGGUGGGCUAAACAGAUUGAGGCUGCUUGCUGUCUCAUAAAUGGCAGACAUGCAUUAGAUGACUCUGACCUUGUAUCAGGACAGAAAAAGAACCCAAAAACAACCUAUCGUCAGACACUUCCAGCACGGAUCUUUGUCUCUGAUGAACAGUCAGAGCUGGAUGAGCGGAGCAGUGCUCUGGUUCAGGUGUGCAGGGGCUCUGUGAAGGUUCGAGGGGUGGUUCACUGCAGGGCCUACAUCCACAACAACAAACCCAAAGCCAGACACGCAGCACAGGCCAUUAAGAGAGACAUCAUAAACACGGUUUGCUCCAGAGUAGAGCUGUUUCUGGAGGAUCUUUUAAUAAAUGAAGGGAGUCACAAAGGUCUGUGCAGUGGGCAGCAGGCUCUUCCUCGGCGCGUGUUUGCACCAAUAUCCGGCCUGUCUGUGUGUGACUACAUGUUCCCAGAUGAAAGUACAGCAGAUGUGGCCGAGCGUCUGAAAGAGAUGAUGGACUGCGACGCACCAGAAGAGGACAUCGAUGCUAGUUUGGAGGGCAAACAAUUGUUUUACUAUGUUUCUGGAUCAGAGAUAAAUGAAAGCCCCAGUGAUGUUUCUAGUAAGCAUCUCUUCUCAGAAGUCCAAGCUGAAAAUCCUAACAAUCAGAAAGCCCAUCAAUAUUAUGCUGGUGUGGUCGUAACAACAGCCGUUGCUCUCCUUGCCACAGCCGCAUCACUACUGUAUUUUAAUGAAUGACAAUGGAAAUAGUAACAGUUUGUGUGAGUGAGUGAGUGUAUGUGGAGUACUCCAUUAUGAUCAGUAGGUUUGGCUAUUUGUGUCUAGACAAAUCUUAAUGUCAUACUAUGUCUAUAAUGUCUCCAACAUUCACAGGCUGAUGCCCGCUGAUGCAUUCAUUCUGUAGCCAUUCUUUUAAAGUUAAAUGUUCAUCUAGAGACAAGCAUCAGUGAGGUCUGAUUUUGGGUGGUAAGCUUUGUUCAGACCGAUCAAUCCAUUUCUUUAUGGAAAUGGCUUUGUGUGGAUUUCACAAACUGUUGCCACAAAGUUGUCCGCACACAAUUCUCCAGAAUGAAAUUGUCUAAUGUUGCAUUGAAGUUAGUGGAAUAGACAAACCUGCUAAUUUGACAAGCAGUUCUCAUAUUUAUGGCCACAUAGUUUAGAUCAAUAUAUAUUUUAAACCUUUUAAUUGAGAAAUAAUAUACCAGUUAAAGUGCAAAUUACAAUAUUUUUUCCUAGUUUUCUUUGUUGGAAGACUGUUCACUGAUGGCAUGUUAUCACUCAUGACACAUUAAUAACGGAUUAAGCAUCGCGAAAAGUCACAAAAGAUGUGUGUUUUUGGUUGCCAGGGCAAGACAACCCUGCACAGAUUACCAAAGAAAAAACAGCAUUAAGGGACCAGUGGAUGGAGUUUAUUUUUACAGAGCAUCAACGGAGUUGUGCAAGUGUUUGUUCCCUGCAUUUCGAACAUGCUUGUUUUACAAACAAGGCCCAGUUUGACGACGGAUUUGCGUAUCGUUUAUUUCUUAAGGAUGAUGCAAUCCCAAGGAAAAAUGGUCACGAUCAUGUGUUGGAACCGCAGGCGGUGAGUAACACUGGUUAAAAUAUUUCUGCCUCCUUGUUAGUGCGUCCCCUUCCAUGCCAGAGACCCGGGUUCGAGCCCCGCUCGGAGCGAGUCGUUGCUGCUGCUGCUUUCGUUCAGUUUCAGCCUCGGGAUCUGAUUCUGGAUCAUAAAUAAACGGCUGAAUCUGACUGUAAGCCAUGGUUUGUUUUGGAUGAUGGGUUUUCCCUCACGGUAAUGUCACAGCUUCCACAUGCUCUCAACGCAAAAGCCUACUGGCGCUCGUGAUUCUUUAGCUCCGGCUACACGUCACGCCUCCAGGCGGUACCAAUCGGUACAGACUAUCUUUCUCUUAUGAAUAUAAUAAAACUAAAGACUUUUUGGAUUUAUGAAGGAUGCAGUACUACUCUAUAUGUACUCGAGAUUAAUUUCACCCCCCCCCCCCCCCCUUUAAUUGUUGUCAUUCUGCACGUUUGUGGUUUUCCUUUAUAUCGUCAAUGUGUCAUUUGUCAUGUCAUUAUCAAACCAGUUUCUUCUGGCUUUUGUACUGUCGGAGCAUUAAAGGCAUAAAGGAACUUUUAUUUUAAGUUUAACUGAACGGAAAAUCCUUUUGGCAUGAAAUAUGAUUGCUGGAAACAACUUGAGGAGAGUAAAUGAUGACAGGAUUGUCAUUUUUGGGUGAACUCUCCCUUUAACUUUUAUAUAUAUUUAUAUAUAAUUAUAUAUAUAAUGUGUGUGUGUGUGUGUGUGUGUGUGUAUAUAUACAAGUUAAAGGUCAUCAUUUACUCUCCCUCAAGUUGUUUCAACCCUGUAUACAUUUAUUUCUUCUGUUGGAAACAAAAUAUUCUGAAGAAAAAAAAAAAGUUGAUGGUCCCCACUGACUUCCACAGUAUUUUUUCCAUAAUAUGGAAGUCAUUGGGGACCAUCAACUGUAUGGUAACCAAUAUUUUUCAAAAUAUUUUCUUUUGUGUUUAACUGAAAAAAGAAAUUCAUAAAGGUUUGAAAUAACCUGAGGCUGAAUAAAUGAUGACAGAAUUUAAAUUUUGGGGUGAACUAUUCCUUUAAUGCCGCUCCUCUUUUCUAAAUCUUAAAUGUUCUUCAGAUCAAGGACCCACUGGUGGUACAUACUUUACUAUUUCUACAAUACAAAGCCCUCAAAAA